AUGAAGCGCUCAGCGUCAAAACGCUCCACUGCCUGCAGACUCUGCAUUUUUUAUCUUUUGAUAUCUAUGGUUAUUCAGCACGCGCUGCUUUUACAGCAGCCCGUCUCUGCUACAGAAGGAGCUGGACUAUUGGGGAGUCCUCGUGUUGCGGCUGAGUCGCAGCCGGCAGAGAACCCCCACACGCCGCACUCGGGGCAAACUGCCAGUGGCCAGUCUCAACAAGCUGAAGCAGCUCAGCGUCUCGGUCGUGAAAAUGCUAGCGAGGGCUCUUUAGAGGAAAGUGAUGAAGAUGAACUCGAUGGAGAGCUAUGGCGCCUGCGUGAGAAGACGAAGGAACUAGAGCAGCAACUUGCGCGUCUCCAGAAAAUUAUUGAGGAGAAAAGCAGUUCGGAAAACUCUCUUCUGGAACAACUCACGCGGCUGACAGAAGAUAGGAAAAAUCAAGAACAGAACCGGCUCGAUCUUGAGGCACAACUGGAGCACGUUAGAGCUGAACUAGCUGAGCUUCAGGCGCGACCCACUCCGGAACCAGAUCUGGCUCGUUUAGACCUGAUUGCUGUGGUCCGAGCGAAAGCCCAUUAUCGUUCAAAGCAAAUUAUGGGAGCGCUCGAGCGACGCGGAGUUUCCGGACGUGCGCGGAAGUUGCGGCGUCUAGUGGCUCGGACUGGCCGUCACGCUGCGCGCAGUCUUCGUGCACUGAGGAAAAAGGCCAAGCCCCAUUUGAAACGUCUUCGGCGUUUGUUACGUGCGACGGGCCGGGUGACAUCCCGCCGAAUCCGAAUCGUAGCGUAUAAGCUUGAGCCGCAUUUGAGGGUCAUAUUCGCACGUGGCGCCGUCCUGUUUCACAAAACCGCAGCGAAGGUUAGCCGCUCUGUCCCUCCAAGCCAGCUACAACGCCUCCAGAAUAUUUACCACACCGUUUUGGCGCGUUUGCUGGACUUUAGACGUUGCUAUAGGAAGCAAAUGAAACUCGUCCCAGAAUACACAACAGCUGAGCACGGGAAUGGCUACGCAUCCACCUUUGAACGCGCGGUCUUCCUCAAAGAGAACGCGCGAAUUGCAGCAUGGUGCUUCUGGCAAGCAGACUCGACAUCUCGAGUGAUUCUUAUGGGCGCUUUCUGGAUGUCUAUGAUGUUCGUCUGGAUGAGUAUGGUCAUUCUGGUUGUGAUUGGACGCCUGGCAUCCAAAACUUUGCGCAUACUUAUCCCCGGGAGAUAG